GAGGGGGGCUCCCCGCUCUCGCCUCUUUACCGGCGGAGCCGCUCCGCGCCGCAUCCCCCCGGCUGCAGCAGCCGCCCCCGGGCCGGGGCCGCGCCGGGCUGAGGGAAGCGGGGCUCAGCCCCAGCCGCCGCGGGGCGCAGGAAGGGGCCGAGCCGCCAGAGGUCCUCGGCGGCUCCCGGGGGUCGGCGGCGGGAGAAGCGCGCUGCUGCUGCUGCUGUUGCUGCUGCUGCUGCUAUCGCUGUCGCCUUCCCUCCCUCGCCGCAAUGGGCCUCCGGGAGCUGGUGCUGUGGCUGCUGGCGGCGGCGGGGCUGGUGCGCGAGUCCCUGCAAGGAGAGUUCCAAAGGAAGCUUUAUAAGGAGCUGCUGAAAAAUUACAACCCUCUGGAACGACCGGUCGCGAACGAUUCCCAGCCUCUCACUGUGUAUUUCACUCUCAGCCUCAUGCAGAUCAUGGAUGUGGAUGAAAAGAAUCAGGUAUUAACAACAAACAUCUGGCUACAAAUGUACUGGACAGAUCAUUACUUACAGUGGAAUGUGUCUGAAUACCCUGGAGUGAACAACGUCCGUUUUCCUGAUGGACUGAUUUGGAAGCCAGAUAUUCUUCUCUAUAACAGUGCUGAUGAAAGAUUUGAUGCUACAUUUCACACUAAUAUUUUAGUCAAUUCUUCAGGACAUUGCCAAUAUCUGCCACCAGGCAUAUUUAAGAGCUCAUGCUACAUAGACGUGCGCUGGUUUCCAUUUGAUGUUCAGAUGUGUAAACUGAAGUUUGGGUCCUGGACAUAUGGAGGCUGGUCCUUAGACUUACAAAUGCAAGAAGCAGAUAUAUCUGGCUAUAUUUCAAAUGGAGAGUGGGAUUUAGUAGGAGUUCCUGGGAAGAGAUCUGAGAGUUUUUAUGAAUGUUGUAAGGAACCUUACCCAGAUGUGACAUUCACAGUAACUAUGAGACGCAGGACUCUCUAUUAUGGACUCAAUCUUCUUAUUCCCUGUGUACUGAUAUCGGCACUUGCCCUAUUAGUUUUUCUGCUUCCAGCAGACUCAGGAGAAAAGAUCUCACUAGGUAUAACAGUUUUAUUGUCUCUCACUGUCUUCAUGUUACUUGUGGCUGAAAUUAUGCCAGCAACAUCUGAUUCUGUGCCCUUAAUCGCUCAGUAUUUUGCCAGCACUAUGAUUAUUGUUGGCCUCUCUGUUGUUGUCACUGUUAUUGUUCUACAAUACCAUCAUCAUGAUCCAGAUGGGGGAAAAAUGCCUAAAUGGACAAGAAUCAUCCUUCUGAACUGGUGUGCUUGGUUUCUGAGGAUGAAGAGACCAGGGGAAGAUAAAGUGCGUCCUGCCUGUCAACACAAACAGCGUCGAUGUAGCCUAUCGAGUGUGGAGAUGAACACUGUGAGUGGACAGCAGACCAGUAAUGGGAAUAUGCUGUACAUUGGCUUUAGGGGGCUGGAUGCCAUGCACUGCACACCUACCACUGAUUCAGGGGUGAUCUGCGGGAGGAUGACCUGUUCACCAACAGAAGAAGAAAACCUUCUGCACAGCGGCCACCCCUCUGAAGGCGACCCAGAUUUGGCUAAGAUCUUGGAAGAGGUCAGGUACAUUGCAAACAGAUUUAGAGACCAGGAUGAAGAAGAAGCCGUUUGCAAUGAAUGGAAGUUUGCCGCCUCUGUAGUGGAUCGGCUCUGCUUGAUGGCUUUUUCAGUCUUCACAAUCAUUUGUACAAUUGGUAUUUUGAUGUCAGCACCAAACUUCGUAGAGGCUGUCUCUAAAGAUUUUGCUUAACUAUUAACUAUGAUUUGAUUCUCUGAAGUAUGAUAUGUAGCAAAUAAGAGUGUAUUUUUUGUUUGAUUGCUUGUUUUUAAUAAGUAUGCUGCUUCUCAUUGUCCGGUUUCUUUUGCCCCCUCCGGCAUCCCUUUCUGGUCCAGAGUUCCUGAAUGAAGAGUGGCACCAUUUCAGAAGGGCUCUGUGCCACCUCCUCUGAGCACACUUGAGCACUCUCAAGUGGGUGCAAGUCCCUUGAGAAUGACAGGGUAUUGCACCAGCAUCUUUUAGGCAUCUUGAACCAGCCAUUAUAAAAUUAUGGGUAGGCAAUGCCAGAAAUGUAAUUUCUUCCAGAUUUUUUUUUUUUUUUUUUUUUUUAAGACAGAAGUUAGUUCAUCUUAGCUACUUGAAUAAGUGAUGGGAAGCAUUAAGUUUAGGAAAGGAUUACACGCAGAUAAAUAGAAGCUCAAACAGCAGAGAAAAAAGGGACAAAAAUACCUUGCUUUUCAAUUACUGGUUCCUACUGAGUUGAGGUAUGGAGCUCUUUUGCUCACAACCAGUCAGACCCACAACUCCCUCAAUGCAUUCUACAUAGAGCACAAGUGAGGAUUCUGAAUUUGCCUGGGACACUGGAAACUUGAAAGUUAAGAUGAAACAGCACAUAUCUUGUCCUUCUAUGUAUUUCUGGACUUGACAUAGAAGUUUGGCCAGAAUUCUUAAAACAGGCUUCACAGUAAUUGUUGUGGUGUUUACUACAAUUUCCUUCUCCUAAGAAAGACAUUCUUUCAACCGAUAACUUCUGUCAGUCUUUAUUCUGUCAGUCUUUAGCCUUAAUGACGAUAUAAAGAAAAUGAAAGAUUAUGGUGACUUCACUUUCACCUGUUCAUCAAAGAAAAAUCCACACACUUGUUUCUUUACUGUUAACUGCAUUCCAACGUGGAAAAAGUAACUGCCUAGUACAGGCUCAAGCAUAAAUUACAAGUCUAAAGCAAAAAAAAAAAAGCUAUUAAAUCCUGAGAUCAAGGUUUUAAUUUCAAAAUUAAAUGUUUGAUCUGUUGUUUGCUUAGCCUUUUAUAGACCUUUUUCUGUUGAGUCACCAUAACAUGUCCUAACAUAGAAACUGUAUCCUUUCUGCUCAGUUUAUUAUCCAAGGAGCACUAAUGAAUAAUAAAACCUUUGGGGGUUCAAUACAAACUAUAAGCUGUACAUAUAUAUAUAAUAAACUGCAUAUAUGUCCCUGGAAAAAUUAAGACUUAAAUACAAAUUCUUUUAAGUCUAGACAGGCAUUUUCAAAGGCAAAACGAAUAGUUCAUCACUUUAUUUAUAUACUAUUUCUGAUUCUGAAAUUCAGAUCAUGAUCAAAUUCAGAUCAAAUCAAAUCAUGAUUUAUUUUCACAUGACUUCAGUGUAUCAAUGACUAGUGCUGACAUGAGAAUACAAAGACCUGAAAUUCUGUGCUUGCAAAAUAGCUAAGAAUUAGUCUUGUAACCAAUAGCAGUAUUCCUGACCAGUGCUAUAAGUGGUAAAAGAUGUGGUGAAGGAUUAAUUUAGCACUGACUGCUUGCUUGAUCCUGCAGAAACCCAACUUUUUGGUCGAGGUAACAGACACACAAAUAGAGGCCUGUUGUAGUACCAUGUUUUUACUGUUUGAUAAUCUUGAGGCCUCAGUUUAUCUCCCAAAAUGGAUUAAAGUAGCCACUUAAAUGCUUGCUCUCCCCUAGAUAUCAAUUUAUUUUCCAGAGGCUGCUCCCCUGAAUGCAGAAGAAUCAAAUUUCAUGUCAACCAAGCCUAGAGUCACCACAGGUACAGUCCAUCACUUGAGUUAACCAGGUGACAGGGCAGGAUAAGUAAAAGGAAGCAGGUUAUUUCACACAGUUUGUGAGUUCUUUCUUCCUGAAGUUUCAUUCAGGAUCUCACACUAUAAAGACCUGAGUAAAAAACUGAAGUCCUUCUUGAAAUCUUGUCUUGAAACCUUGUCUCUGAGAGUUAUCUGUGAAGAAUUUAUUUUUUUCAGGAACAAUUAUUAAGAAUUAGCCUUGCAAUAAUUCCUGCAAGUAUUCUGUAGCCUGUAGAUUGCAUUUGCAUAAGAAACCGAGUCCAAAAUCUGAAAAUGUGAGUUUUGUUCAUUUUGUGACUAACAUAGUGUGGCACAUGCUGCUCUUCUGAGUAGCAUUUCUAGAAUAGUCUUCUUGAUUCAAAUGUUGGUUAGCAUCAAUAUUUUUCCUUCUGUAAGUAUCCCUAAAUAGCUACACAGAAUAACCCAUUGAGUCUGUAAAGUUCUGGGGUCCUCUUGGAUAAGAAUGUUAAAAAGAAAAAAAAGAUUUUGGGGGAUUAUCUUGUACAAUGGGAUGCAACUACUGCCAUCAUGUACUACAUGACACAUGUUGCUUCAUUAGCAAUAACAUACACGCCUGUGCUUAAAAGCUGGAGACUGGUAGCUGGUGUUUAGUGAAGUCCUGCUGAAGUUUGUAACACUGGGAUGAUACUGUCAGCAAACACCACGUGUUAGACAAAUUAGUUGUAAGGCUCCAGCAUCAUGCCUACACUACUGCCUUUAAUAGCAGCAGGAUUAAUGAAGGGGGAAAGUGAAUUCUCAUUUUUCUGCUGUCAACACAAUCUGUAAACAUUUGGUAAUAACAUGGUUAUAAAUCUUAAACACAACAGUGACAGUCUCAGUUACAUUAUUUUGCAUCUUUGAGUUAAGUUUUUGUGUAAUUGAGCUGAGCAAAAUUGGUAUGUUUCUCGUCAAAUUGUAUGCGUCAAAUAUUUGUGUAUGCACUGAACGAUAUUUUGAUCUAAAUGCUGGGAAAAUAUUUACAAUUCUGGACAUAGAGAUGGGAAUUAAAUAUGGUAUACAGUGUGUCUAUACAAUAUGAUAGACUGCAUAUUGAUAGCAAGUAUCUGUUAUGAUUUAUGAGUCCAGAAAAUAGGGUGGGCAAGUGGUUCACCACAACUAAGCUAUGACUUGUCUGACAAAUUGAAAGUUCGCUCUAGAGCUCAGCUGUCUUGUACAAUACUAUCUGUGAACAAUGUAUAUUACUUUCUGUUUUUAUAUUGACUUGUAUUGAAUAUUUUAAAAAUGUUUAAUAUGUAACCAUUUUUAUUUAAGCAUUAAUGCCAAAAAUGUUCCAAACAAAAUUUUAAAAGGUUAGUUUUAAAUACAGAUAAAUUAUUUAAACAGUAUUUAAAAAUCAUAAAUUAUUUUAUAUAAGAAUUGAUAAUACUAUAUGAUACUUUUUUUUUAAAGGUUUCUUCAAAAGUCUCUUUCCAAUCUCUCUAGCUGCAGGAUGUAAUCUCAGUUCACCUGUGACAUUUCUGCUUUUCACUUUCUUUACCACGAAAAGAAGGUAAACCAACAUCCUGCAUUUUUUCCUUUUGUUAUGCUACUUUUUACAUCAAGUAAUAUUGCAUAGAGGGCAUUAGAAAGUGAUGUUAUAUCUGUCAGGUACCGAUUGUCAUAUAAGCAAUUCAGUACCUUUUCAGUCCAGUACAAAUAAAAGAUUUAGAUCAAGAUAA